AAGAGCGCGAGAGAAGAAACGGGCGUGAUUUAUUGGAGGAGAGAGAGAGCACAUAUCAGAGGGAGAGAGGGUUUCUUGGAGGAGAGAUAGAGUACGCAGAUCAGGAGGACUAAAAUCCACCUCCAAAACAUUGUUAUCUCCAUUACCCAUUCUCCAUUACCAGUACCCCAUGACCUUAUUUUUUCUCUCUUGAAUAAAUGCUUGAAAACACCCCAACCGAAGGGUUUAUUGGAGGAGAGAGAGAGCACGCAGAUUAGAGGGAGAGAGGGCUUCUUGGAGAGGAGAAAGAGAGCACGCACCGUUAAAAGAGGGAGAGAGAGGUUCUUGAAGAAAGAUUUUGUUUUUCAGAGGAUUAGGGUAGGAAUAUCCUAGAGAGAGAGUCUAAAGGCGAGCAAGAGGCAACGCGGUCAUCCCGAAAACAGGGUCUGCUCUUUGUCGUGCCCAGGCCUCUAGGUCAGCACCCAAGGCUCUCAUCUUGGCCGUUAAUUUGCAGGGCCAAGCAAUAUCUACGGUGCAAAAGAGGAGCAUAAUCCAUCUCUCUUGACCUAUGGGGUGAGGUUUGCAUAAGGUUGCCACCUUAUACUAUAGAAAAAUGGUUUGGUUGGGUAUUUGCAUGCUCAUAAUUUUAUGGGUGGUCUCAUUUUUUGUGGUUCUUUAUGGAUUGAGUGGACGAAAUGGAACCCUGUUUUUAUCAAGUGGGGCUGGUGAUAUUACAAAAAAAAUGAACAUUUUGCUGGUUAUUGCUCACCCUGAUGAUGAAUCUAUGUUCUUCAUCCCAACCAUUAUAAAACUGACUUCGGCUGGUCAUAACCUUCACAUUUUAUGCAUUUCAACUGGCGAUGCUGACGGCAAAGGAUCUGUCCGGAGCGAAGAGUUAUAUUGUGCAUGCACUGUUCUGAAAGUACCUAUCCAAAAUGUCAAAAUCAUAAACCAUGCUUCUUUACAGGAUGGAUUCAACAGAACUUGGAGGCAUACUUUACUUGCAACAAUUAUAGGAGAAGAAGCCAAAUCUUGGGAUGUCGAUGUGUUGAUUACAUUUGAUAACUAUGGAGUGUCUGGUCACCCAAACCAUUGUGCUGUUCAUCGUGGAAUACGCUUGCUUUUGAGGGACAGUAUGUGGGCAAACACCCUGGCUUGGGAACUUGUUAGUACAAACAUUGUGCGGAAAUAUUGUGGCCCAGUAGACAUCUGGUGUUCAAUGUUGCAUUCUCUCCUUCACCAGAAAGGGCAGGUGCAUUGCUUUGUGAAUGCGCAUCCUACUGUCUCCUUCAAUGCAAUGGCUCAGCAUAAAAGCCAAUGGGUGUGGUUUAGAAAGCUGUUUGUGCUGUUGUCGAGUUAUAGUUACGUGAAUUCCCUGAGGGAACUCCGAAGAACUCCUUGAAGAAGCUAAACCGUCUAAGGAGGAAUAUUGAAGAAGAUUUCCUCUCUUGCCUUUUUCCUUUACUUCAUGGUUUUCUUUUGAGGUUGGAAAUUGGGGUUUGAUUCCCUAAUUCAUAGUUCAAGCAAAUCUUAUGAUGUAUAACAUUAGAAUUGAGGAAAUAUGUAUAAUACGACUAUUUAUUUUUUGUAUCAGAAAAUCACAAUUGCUAUUGAC